GCUGCCGUGGUUACUACCGCCAGUAGUGCUGCAGCAGCGGCGGCGGCGACGGCGGCGAGUGUUUGAGAGUGGGUCGUGUGCGUACUGUUGCUAGUGGGUCGGUGUUCCCGUGUCCAUGUAGUAGUUGUCAUCAGCGGUGGUGAUUGUUUCUGGUGACGGAGGUGUUGGCCAGAGCAACCGCGUUUGCCGCGGUCCGGUCCCAUUGGUUUGAGAGCGUGCAAAAUAGAAACAAAGCGCGUACGACAGACUCUCUGAGAAAGAGUCGAGCGCACUCAUACUAUUCGUACUAGACCCCUAACAACAGCCAAAGAAAUAACAACAACAACAGUGUUCAAAUGUGUGCAUGAGUGAGUGCGGCUGGAUGGAUGUGUGCGCGUAUGGCCGUUUAAGAUUAUUGUAACGACGACGGCGGCGGCGGCAACAACGACGGCACCGAACAACCGAAUCCAGACAGUAGCGCCAGCAGCAAACGAUUCGAUCAAUCGAAUCGUCCAUCGCGGCGUUAUCCACCACCGGCAAACACUUAAAACAAAACUGUGCUUAGAGUUACCUCGUUAAAAUCUGACCCUAUGUGAAACGGUACUGCUCGUUCCGGAACUGAAUAUUUCUCUGUUUCUGUCAUCCUAAAGGCCGGCUCCAAGACACCUUAACUUCUACUACCUCGAAUAACGCUUACCGGAUUCGCAAACUACGUCGAAAAAAAAAAGGACCACGACGUAAUCAAAGACUUUCGGUCGUAGACGGGGCGGCGAAUCGGUAACAUUGUAUUGGGACUUGUGGCCCUGUGGCUGUAUUACCUCGACCUAGUUGAGCUGCCCAAUUGGCAAAACAAGUUCGACGAAAGAGCAAAUCUGCGUACAGAAAACUAGCUAUUCCAAGAUGUUUCGGUUCAAAAGCUCCAAAUACAAAAAUGCCGCACCAAAAGUACCCAAAAAAGACGGCUGGGUGAGCGAUAUCAAUGUCGGAGCGCCACAGUCUUUUGGUAAUCACAUCAAAUGUUCAGCUGCAUUCAAAGCUUUCAACGUCGACAAUCGGGGUGGAGGAUGUCUUGGUAUUCUACCACUCAACGAUGCAGGCAAAAAAACUCGUGGAGUACCACUCCUUCAUGCCCAUGCUGAGUUCGUCACGGAUUUUGACUUCUGUGCAUACGACGAUGGACUAUUGGCAACUUGUUCGCAUGACGCGUAUGUAAAAAUCUGGCGAGUACCAACAACAUUACUCACUGACACAUCGCAGAGCAACACGCCAAUAGAUCCCUUGGUGACACUGAAACCAUCUAGCAAUGUAUGUCGUCUGGAGACGGUUUCGUGGAAUCCGGUGGUCGACUGUGUAUUAGCCUCUUCUGCAAACAACAAAAUUGUAUUAUGGGACGUAUCGCGAGCGACAGAAAUUAUCUCGUUCAAGGACCACGAGGAGCUAGUACAGAGCAUCUCCUGGAGAGCUGAUGGAAGCCGGCUUGUGUCUGCUGGCCGUGAUAAAACCAUCCGUAUUUGGGAUCAUCGCAAACCGGAUUCGUGCACGGUGGCUGAAAGCCAUGCAAAUAAUCGAGAUUCGCGGGUCGUGUGGUUAGGAAACUCUGAUCAUGUGCUUUCGUCUGGGUUGGGAGCUAACCGUGAGAGACAAGUUGCUCUCAGAGACAUCCGUAAUUUGAGUAGUCCACUUAAAGAAUAUAACGGCGAUUCGUCACUCGGCAUCUACCUCCCGCUUUAUGAUACCGAUACAAACAUGCUUUUCCUAGUGGCCAAGGGUGACAUUACAGUCAACUUUUGGGAGGUGGAUACUUCUAAGGAACCCUUCAUGUAUGAGUGUUCCAAGUACCUAGCGGACGUCCAGACCAAAGGUGCUUGUUUGGUACCCAAGAGGGCGCUCAGUGUAAUGGAAGGCGAGGUCAAUCGAAUUCAGAUUCUAACCAAGGACUGUAUUGUUCCGAUUAGCUAUCACGUUCUCCGUAAGACCUAUCGAGACUUCCACGCUGAUAUAUUCCCAGACACACGAGCUCCUGUUCCAACGAUGUUGGCGCGCGACUGGUCCGAAGGGAAGAGUAGCACGAAGAUUCCGCUACUUUCACUUGAUCCAUCCAAGAGGACGAAGGAUUUGACGCGUUUCGAACAUGAAUUAGGAUCUGGCGUACCGACGCAAUGGCUCACAGCAGAUGUAGGCUUUACAGAGAUUGAUGGUAACCGUGGUAGCCUUAUUAAAAAGGAAGGCAGUGAGCCGCUCAAGGAGCGCAAUUCAUUCAUGCGCCAACAAACGGUUGCAGGCGAUAAACCUACAUUAGCACCAAGACCGGCUCCCAGGACAAAGCUCGUCCCUGCCAAGAGCGUAGAUGAAUCAUGUAACAAUAAACUUAACAAUAACAAGGAUAGCCAAAACGGCAACCGUAACAACCAAUCUACUGGCUUAGACAAUAAAGUGAAGCGGCAGCCAUCAAAGGGGAGCGGGUUCAAAGUGCGAGUAUCGAAGUAUAGACACCUGAAUGGUAACCUAGGGACUCGGGAGACGCAGAUUAGCAACCUUCCAGCUCUAUGCAAAACGAUUCCUGGUGAAAGUGAAGGUUUUCGUGCCAACUCCACCCGCGUAGCCAUUCCGUUGGCCACCUCCGGAGGGCAUCUAGCUAUCCUAGAAGUGGUUAAACGUGGUCGGCUCAAUGCCGGCGUGUUGCCGUCGCUUAUCUGUGGAGCUAAUAUCAUGGAUUUCUGCUGGGAUCCCUUCGAUGAUAGUCGAAUUGCUAUUGCAUGCGAUGACGGUCGUAUUCGGGUGUGGAGCAUUCCUGAGAACGGGUUGACGGAGUCGUUAACAGAACCGGAUUUCGAGCUGAAAGGUCACAAAGAUAAAGUCACUCUCCUUAAGUUCCACCCGUCAGCCAAAGACAUACUUGCCUCUGCUUCGCAGGACCAGACCAUUCUUAUAUGGGAUCUUGAUCAACAGGUCGUCGUCUAUGAAUUGGAAGGUCAUACAGAUCAGAUCUUCAGCAUGGCAUGGCAUCCUGACGGGAGCCUCUUGGCUACAGUGUGCAAGGAUCAGAAGAUACGCGUUUACGAACCGCGCACGUCAUCCGAGCCUUUGAUGUCGGGCUUGGGACCCAGUGGAACUAGAGGCGCGAGGGUGUGCUGGGCAUUGGGUGGCACCCACCUAAUUACAACUGGCUUCACAAAGGUCUCCGAGCGUCAGAUUACUCUCUAUGACGCCUCGGAGUUAACUCCGAUUCAUACUGAAGGCAUUGAUGUCAGCCCCGCUAUUCUAAUUCCGUUUUACGACGAAGACAGUUCAACAUUGUUCCUAACGGGCAAAGGUGAUACAACCAUAUUUUGCUUUGAAGUGCUAGCGGAAGCGCCCAAUUUCUUCCCCUUGUCGCAUUUCAAAUGUCCCGGCCCUCACCAAAAUGUGUCAUUUCUUCAUAAGAACGCGUGCAACGUUGCGCAGGUGGAGUUUGCCACCUGCUUUCGAUUAACUUCGUCGACAGUGGAACCACUUGCGUUUAAGGUACCUCGGUUACGCUCGGAAUUUUUCCAGGACGACCUAUUUCCUGACACACGAAUAACGUGGAAGCCAACGAUGACGUCAAAGCAAUUUGUGGACAACUGCGCGAAAACCCCGGCAAGAAUCUCCCUCAAGCCAGUUCAGAUGAGCCAGUUAUCUGAAGCUCCAGAAGUGGCCCGCCCACCUCCGAAAUUCGCUACGGUAGGAGAUAAUAAAGCAACAAACUAUUUUGAAGAGAACGAUUCCAGCAACAAACUCCGACAGGAACUGCUGAUGGCGUCCUUGAAGCAACGGAUGCAGUACGAAGAUGACGAAGAGAUUCUUCCACAGGAACGGAUGCAGGGGGGCGAAGAAGCCGAAUGGUCCGAUUAACUGUGAUAAUUGUAUUUUCGGUGCACGCUGCCAUAGAAGUAAACUGGAAUUUCCGCUGAGUGAAAUUAGACUUCAACCACAAACAGGAGUAUUGAAUGAACGGCAACGUAGAGUCUUUGCUAAUUUGUCAGAAACACGAACUGCCCAGUGUUAAAAGAGUCUAAAAAUUAGGAGAAUUUCAAGGAGAACUGUCGCUGAGAAAAACAUUAUCCGGAAAUCUCUGCGCGCAGUUUCACCUGGAUAGCGAUUCGAUUUAAUCCGCUGUUGACCCUUCUUUGGAGGUUAGUAAUAGACCGCUAUGGUCGAGAGAAUGGAUUGACAAACUAUAUAAGGUCCUUCGUAUCUAUUUAUAUAUUGUCGCAUGUAUAAGCUUGCUAUUAUUGCAUUUUAUUCUUGAAUACGCAUUAUACACAAUACCAAUGAAAACAAAAUGUAUGUGAGAAAUAGUCAACUUCACACCAAACGUUCUUGUCGGCUCCCGUUGCGUUUUAUCCGUUACAUCACCCGCCCCAUCAGUCGGUGUUACUAUAACAUUAAAUAGACCAAAAUAGCAGCAUCUGCAGACCCCCUGCUUCCAAAAUGUUUAACACAUUCCAGAUAGUUAUUUUCAGCAAUUCUGACCGGCCAUUAGGAUGAUUGGAGCCGGUCUAUUCCGGAAUAUUUUCAAGCCAGUAUAUUUUCAAAGCCGGUUCCCGAUUUUUGUACUCAAUUAGAGAACAAAAAAAAAAAAAGUCCCUAUAUCGGAAUAAAAUACAGCUUAGACAUUUUUUCCCGCUAAGAAUUCACCGUUUUCUCGGUAUUACUGACCUUAUGUACCGCCUAACCAAAAUCUAAUUUGCUUCCUGUGUAAUCUCUGGUUAAAAUUGCUGAAAUUAUUGACAUAAGCUAAGCUAACAUCAGUUGAUCUUGGCGACAGAAAUUGUGAAAUCAAUUUUACUGGUUUGGUAUAUGGAAGCACGUAUCUAAAAGUCUACAUGUAUGCGAUCGUUGCCAUGUGAAACUGAAAACUUGAUUAAGCUGUAUGUGCGAACAGAAAACAUAACUAGACGUAUGUAGGUCUGUAUAUAGAAGCUUAUUAGGAACAAAGCUUUGCACACGCUGACGGUGAAAUUCCCUCGCGGGGGAUCCCCGUAGCGAAGUAACCGACGUUGAUGAGGGGCACCACGGAAGGCUCACGCAACCCUUCGUUAAAACAUAGUGACAGGCGGGAAAAGGCAACCAGAUGAAGGCAACAAAGAAAAUGCGAUCGAGAGAUGGAAGGACACAGAAACGUAACGGCGUACUGCUGGUGUAUACUGCGGAAGGUAAGGGAUCCUGUGCCGGGAAAGAUGUAGUUAGAGUCUUCUCCUUUAUAUUUAUAAGCCAACGGAGCCGAAAAACAUAACCAAACAUUUACGAACGAAUGAACAACGUAUGUAGCGAUACGGAUAUAUCAAGAAAGCUAGGCUUGAUUUUAGGGAGAACUCAUUGUCGAUGAAAGUGAAUGAUACAAUCACACUAAUCCCUACAUGUUCUGUAAUUCUUUUUUACACUAACAUUUACAUAUGUACAUUGGAGUCAAUUGGAAGGACAAAUGAGAAAAUACAAAAACAGUCAUCGUUAUUACGAUUAUCCAGACGCAACAAGCCGUACAAGGCAAUAUAACACAAAAGAUUUAUACACACGGCGCAUUGUAUGCAUCGGAGUUUUUGGGAUUAUUCCUUUUGCCAAAUACAGUGCAUUAAAAUCCAAUGCUCCGGUAACUAAUUGAUCUUGAGCCAGUUGUUCUAUAAUAGAUGAGCUCGGAAUGAAAUCAAUCAACACGAUGGUCAACAACAACAACGAAUUCUGCUGUUCAAGCACCAAUGUUUCUAUAACCUCCAAUCAAUAUCCGUACAGCGCUGAGAUAUAGAUUACAUAGUCAUGACGUAGAUAACAACAAAGUUCUCGAGCUUACGUACAGCAGGGUUAUACAACAUGUCAUAUACUGAUGUGUGAACAGUUUAGACAUAGUUUGGAUAUGAUUUGUAUUAGGAUAGGCUCUUAACUUUAAGUUACAGUUAAGUAUGCUACUGCUUCAGCCAUAAUGGUUUAUAUUCGCUCGAUAAUCUCCGCGCAAGCUGGAAUACAUAGUGUCGAAAUUUAUACCCCUGUAUGAGAUCUUCUAUUAGAACAUUUUAUUUUAUUGUUAGUAUUAUUGUGUGUCGUUUCGAACGGAGCCUGAAUCGCGAAAACAUAAGUAAAGUAGAACGUGUGCAUAUUAUAACUCAUCGAGCCAUUAAUCAACGACCUUUACGACGGCACAGCGAGUAAGAUAGUUUGAGUGUCUAUUUUUUCUAUGAUAAAAAUGAAAUGAUGGUGAUAGGUAACGUAAUUGUCAGUGGUUAAAUUUUGAAAUGGGUUUCCUUUAACGAUACGUAGAUUUGUGAGGUGUAUAAGAAACGCUGUUCGACUACGGCUGCGGGUUUCAGCACUAUACAUACAGGGAAAAGAGAACGCACCUAUACGCAGUAACAAAUGAAUAGAAGAGAUACCACACGAGAAGGUGUACCUAAAAUGGAAAAUACUGGCAAAAAGAGCGGAAGGUUCUGACUGAUUGUAAUGGAAAGCACAAACGGAGAUGACAUGUGUUCCAUCUAUUUGGGUAACGUUUCAAUGACGCGCAAUGAUGUCGAUGCUUGGAGAUCUCCCAAAAAUGUGUGUAUAUAUAUAUAUAUAUAUAUAUAUAUAUAUAUAUAUAUAUAAAUUACAAAAUACAUAAAAAAAAAUUUACAGGAUGGUGGGCCGACAAAAAAAAUUAAGUGUGAACAAUUUGCGGUGCACUUUGUAUCACACCAAAAGUCGUAGGUGUACGGUAGUUUCGAUCGAUAUCGAUAGAGCAUCACAUUUAGUCUGAUUAUGUAGCCAUUUCUUUUUUGUUAUUAUUGGUGUCGCGCCGACCUGUCUGAGCUUUCUUUCUUAUAGCCUGCAUUACGAUUCCCUAGGGCUGGAAUUAGUCUCGAGCACAGACCAAAAUAUAAUAUGACGCAUCGAAUCGUGAUAAUUCCCAGCUAUUUUUCACCGAACGUGAAUAGCUUUUUAGUGGUAAUGCUAAAAAUAGCAAUCUGUAUUAAUGUAUUUUUUAAAAUUUGUUUUGGAGGCAACGUUUAAGCGAAAUGCGAAAAAAAAAAAAAAAAAAAAAAUGCUCAUAGCUGCUAGAAAGACGACGUUUUUGCUCUGUGUGAUCACCUAUACGUAGAGUUAAGUAUAAUUCCUUUGUUGAACGAUCCAUGUGAUAUUGGCAGCGAUCAUAUCUAUGUCCCUUUGAGCCCUGUAUCCGUAUUCAUAAGAGCACCAUGUUGUCGUUGAAGUAUUUAUUAUUAAUAUGAUUGUAUCUCUCUCUUCAUUUUCUAUUGUGAUCUUUUAAAACAUUAUAUUUGUUAAAUGCUAUUAAAGCAAUGGCUAUUCUAUAGUAUUUUGGAGCAACAAUUAUUCGAAGAAUAUUAGGAAACAGUAGAUAAACAUUAGGUUUUUCUAGUGUCAAAAUGUAUGUAGAGCAUAAGGCUCACCUUCAUCGACCUCACUGGUUCAUUAGAGUAUUAUAACGGUUAUUAUUAAAAGCGUGUGUUUGCAAUCUGAUCGCCGUUACGGUUUGAUCAAGAGAAAUGGAGAAUACUGCCUAGGCAUAUUUAUCACUGCUCUUUACGUUUCGACCUAUAAUAAUUCCACUCCCUUCUGCCGCCUAUCUAUAGUACAAUCAAUUCUAGUUUAUUUCAAUUACGAUGACAUAAUUUCAACAAAAAAGAAAAAAAAGAUCUGUUUGUAACCGCCACUGUUGAUGGAUAUUAUCAAGCAAUAUAUAUAUAUAUAUAUAUAUAUAUAUAUUUACUAA